UCCGCAUUUUCUUAAACUGACAGGGCAUUCUCGCUUUCUUUUCUGUUCUCCUCCCCAAGCUGGAUGCUGCUUUUAAGUUUAAUUGCAGUGGUCAUGCAUUUUUUACUCACCGGCCCGCCACUAUGCGUACUCAUGUUUCAGUAUACGAUCAAUAUUCACUCCCAUGACGUCUACGGAGACUUAUCUUAACACGAUCACUAAUUCUUAUCUAAAGUGGCUUGCUGAUAUUAGAGCGAAUACGGAUUCAAAUCGGCUGUUAUUCGGGUUGCUCAUAAACUCCGGGUAGUGGGGGACAUGCCCGGAGGUGAUGAUCUAUGAUAAUGAGACUAAAGGAACGGAAUGCCAUUCUAGCUUCUCUAUACUCCUAAAUAUCGAAGAAAUAGUACAUUGUUCCAGUUUCUCCAUGAAAGAAUAUUCCUUCCGCGCAUAUCCUGCUGACUAACAAGGGUCCCCAGGCGCGUACAGUAGCCCGCCUGGAACGUCAUCGUCAAGUGGUUGCCCCAGCUAACCAGACUUGGCCUAUAUCCCAGUUUCCCCUUCAGCUCCGCAUUCUUGCUCUCUCAACACCAGCAAAGCGGUCUAGAGAAGGGCAAGUCAUGUCGUCUUUUCGCCUCUUGAUUGAAGAUGGCCAGUUCCGCGAUGGAUACGGUCGACAAGUAGUCCUCCGUGGCAUCAAUCUCGCUGCCGAUGCCAAACUCCCUAGCGAACCCGAUCAACCAUCUCACAUUCCCACUGACUUCUUCGACGGCGAUAAUGUAACAUUCCACCAGCGUCCUUUCCCCAAGGAAGAUGCGCGAUCCCAUUUUGCGCGCCUCAGACGAUACGGCUUCAACACUAUCCGCUACAUCUUUACCUGGGAGGCACUCGAGGCUGCAGGGCCUGGGAAAUACGACGAAGGUUUCAUCCAGCAUACGAUUGAUAUCCUGAGAAUAGCAAAGGAGUAUGGAUUCUAUAUAUUCAUGGACCCUCACCAGGACGUUUGGUCUCGUUUCACUGGUGGCUCGGGAGCCCCGUUAUGGACUAUAUAUGCAUGCGGCCUCAACCCUCAGAGCUUCGCUGCGACUGAAGCAGCAAUUGUUCAGAAUACAUACCAUAACCCUGAUGAGUUUCCAAAAAUGAUCUGGUCGACCAACUACUAUCGACUUGCUGCUGGUACCAUAUUCACUAUGUUUUUUGCUGGCAAAGACUUUGCCCCAAAAUGUAUAAUUGACGGUGUGAACAUCCAGGACUACCUGCAGGACCAUUUCAUGAGAGCAUGCGGUCAACUCGCCCAGCGAAUCCACGAGGCAGGCGAUCUGGAAAACGUCGUUGUCAUUGGCUGGGAGAGCAUGAAUGAACCAAACAAGGGCAUGACUGGUUAUAAAGAUCUUACUGUGAUCCCUAAAGAGCAUCCUUUGAAGAAGGGAACCUGCCCAACAAUGUGGCAGACGUUGUUAACUGGAAUGGGACGGGCGUGCGAAGUCGAUACUUGGGAGAUGGGCGGCCUCGGCCCUUACAAGACUGGCACGACAUUGGUUGACCCUCAUGGCGAGGUCGCAUGGCUACCAGCAGAUUAUGACGAUUCAAGAUACGGUUGGAAGCGCGACCCUGGCUGGAAGCUCGGCAAGUGUGUCUGGGCACAGCAUGGAGUUUGGGAUAUGGAGACCGAUACCCUCCUUCGCAAGGACUACUUUGCUAAAAAUCCGAAUACCGGUAAGGUCAUCGAUUAUCCGCAAUUUACCAAUACCUAUUUCAUGGACUUCUGGCGAAAAUAUGUCAAAACCUGCCGUGCCGUCCACAAGGACUGCAUUAUGCUUAUGCAGUUUCCUACACUCGAAUUACCGCCCGAGAUCAAAGGAACGGAAGAUGAAGAUCCUCGAAUGGCGUUCACACCGCAUUACUACGACGGCAUCACACUCAUGACAAAGCACUGGAAUAGCACGUGGAAUGUUGAUGUGGUCGGAGUCUUGAGAGGCAAGUACUGGCAUCCAGCGCUAGCGAUCAGGAUCGGAGAGACGGCUAUUCGAAACUGUCUCCGUGACCAGCUCGCAACACUGAGACAAGAGGGCCUUGACCGGAUAGGAAAGCACCCUUGUGUGUUGUCAGAAUUUGGCAUUCCCUAUGAUAUGGAUGACAAGAAAGCCUACAAGACAGGCGACUAUUCGAGCCAGUCGGCGGCAAUGGACGCCAACUAUUUCGCAGUUGAAGGAUCUCAGAUCGAAGGGCAUUGCCUAUGGACAUAUUGUGCAAGAAACGAUCACUUAAGGGGAGACUUUUGGAAUGGAGAGGAUCUGUCCAUCCUUUCGCUGGAUGACAAACCACUUCCAGAAUCCCCGGUUCCCGAAUAUUCGCAGUCGUCGCUGGAUCUGGCGAGGACUGCGACUGCGGCAAACACGAAGAAGGAUGUGGCUGAUGAUCGAAAUGUUACACCCGACAACCUCAAACGGACACUCACCAAUCCGUCCAUCAGCUCCGCGCCCUCGGCCAAGGACCCUCAGCUAACCAAUGCCCCUGGCUUCCGCGCAGCCGAAGCUUUCGUGCGCCCUACGCCGACGGUGGUGUACGGUGACAUUGUAUCCACCGGAUUUGAUUUGCGACAGUGCACAUAUCUUCUCAAGGUCAAGGCACCAAGAGCAGCACCAGAUGAGGCGCCUACGAUUGUGUAUUUGCCUGAGUACCAUUUCCCCAAAGAGCAGUGCGAAGUGGCAGUGUCCUCGGGCAAGUGGGAGCUUAGCACAGACGAUGAAGAGGGCACAACACUUCAGAAGCUCAAGUGGUGGCACGCAGAGGGAGAGCAGAGCCUCAAGAUCUCAGGUCUCGUACGGAAGCACAACGUUCCUGUAGGAUCCGAGGAGGAUGCUGGCUAUCUUGAGCAGUGUCAGCAAGGCUAUGGAUUCAAUUUUGGAAGCUGCAGUGUUAUGUGAGCUGAGCCUUAUUUGAGACAAGGCGCGUACAAGUCGCAUCAAGUUCAGUGCAUGGUAGAUUGAGAUACGUCUGGCGAGCAUGUUCUGGGACAAGGCAUUAAGGUUUAAUAUUGAACUAUAUGUCUGAUUGGAUACCUUGAAAUGCCACUUUGAAACCGUUUCUACCGGUGAAUCGUGAACUUUGUCGACUGGGAAGGUAAUUUCUAUAAGAAGAGUACACGAAGCUAAGUUUUGGCCACGGAGAUUUUCCCAGUCAGGCCAUUCUCCUAGGGCCGCUAAUUGUACGGCGAUUUAAAAAGGUCGCCGCCAUACCGUUCUUAUUAGAGUACAAUUCAUGAUGGAGAACCUCGUGUUCAGUGUGACGCCACGGCAGAGGACCUUUAAUCAUUGUUCCAUAGCCGAGAGGAUGUCAGCUUGCGGGGAGUCCCAAUGCUCUGGUAAGGGGGAAUUGACUUUCAGGCGUUCCUAGUCAGGAACAUUCUCGUAUUCACGAUACCAGGUUAUCUGUGUUGCCAUGGGUUAUGACCCAGGGGUUCUCUAGUGGGCCUAAACAAUGGAAAGACGAUUAUUAAAUAUAGAGGGCUUAGAAAAGUCUGGUUGAUAAUGUUGAGUGAAGAGAUAGAUGUAAGUGAACAGGGCAUAGUCUAACGGUCCCAUGACAACCACUCCGAAAAUGACAAUUCCAAUGAAACAAGUUGAAAAUAGCACAGACGGGCAGGAAUUGACAGUUGGUGCCCCCCAUUACCCAAGACUGGCGACAUUUGAAUGAUGCCGAUUUGCUGGAGAUCCCCCUCCAUUAGUGAAGCUAGCGCAUGUCUUUUCACACUCUGCACACCAUCUCAGCUGUCGCUAAGCGCCAGACGCCCUCGAGCUGAAAGCCUAACGUGAGAACAUGGCGCAGUCGGUCAGUUUAGAAAGCCCAGGUCUGCUUAGGUUCUCUAGGUUCCCUUCUGCUGAGGGGAACGUGAGGAGAAAACAGAGUUUCCCGUCUAACGGCUCGGAAUAAACCUGAUUGAUAGUCAAGCCGUAACUAGCCAAGUCGAG